AUGAUGGUUCUUUUUGGCUAUCUCUGGCUUACCCUUGGGCUGCUCAUCUUGCUCACCCAAGCAGCUGAAACAACUACAGCAGAUGAGUCCACCACCACGGCCGCCAGUCUCCUCAAGAUCUGGGAUCUUGACAGUGGUUGCGAUACUGAGAUUGAGUAUGUUGAAGACUCAAUGAGUAUUGCUCUGGACAUUGUCACUGCUGCCCACGAGGCUCUUGAAUUCGUUGCUGGCCCAAGGCCGGAUGAGACAACACAAAAAGAACGGUUAAAUAGAUGGAAAUCUAUUUACAAGUCUUGCAUGGGGUUCUUAGGUUUCAUGCCUGCCAAACAGGCUCAUUACCUCCGAGAAGCCACAGCUCUUUUUGCGAAGAUGAAAAGAACCAUUCCUGCUGAUCAGGGUGACCCUGCCCACGGAUAUGUCUACGGACUGAGGGAUCUUCCUAACGCUAAGCCAAAGUUGAUGUGUGGUGAGAAAGCAGGUGAAGAGAAGUGGAAAUGGUACAGUGUCACCGAUACCUUACCUGGUGAGCGUGUACCUAUUUCUGGUAUGGAAAAGUAUGAGAAAAUCGCCUUCGACUAUCCAGGAGCAUGGGUCUUUGACCAUCGACUUUUAUGGGCUGAUAACGAAGACGAGAAGCCAAUUCUUUGCCAAGAUGGCUGGCUCGGUGCCGUCCUCUGGGACAAAGAUAUUGUCGUCUUCUGCGACGAGAUGUUUCAGGCUCAAGCAAAGGCGAUAAAAUCUCCCCGGGAAUGGAAGAGAUCAGGCAUUGUAGCAGGUGCCCAAUUGAGUGACUAUCACCAGAAUCACCUCUCCGUCAUCAUGGUUCAUGAGCUUUGCCAUUGGUUUGGUGGUGCAGUAAGAGAUGCACAGGGCAUCCCUAGGCCUAUAAUCGACGACCAAACCGCCAUAGAUGGAAGCGGCCGAGUGAUAUAUAAGAUGAAUCACAGAAACAGGGCCUUUGAUGUCGAGCCAAGCCCCAUGAAGGCCGCAGAAGGCGGUUACCAACGUGUAGUGGCAUACGGUUGCAAAAAGGGUUUUACCCUUGCAAUGUGUCAAGACAAGCAAAACAAAAAUUACUGUGGCCCUGCAAAAGCCCUAAAGAAUGCCGAUUCACUGGCGUUAUUUGCUCUGGCGAUGUAUUACGACCAAUGGGAUUGGUCAUUAGAUGCUAUUUCAAGGGUCCCAGGAUCUAGGAAGAGGCCUGGUGGAGAUCACGGGGGCAGGGACUCAUGA